GGAAAUGUGGUGAAAUGUAAUUUAGCCAAAUCAAAGUUUCCCUUGCAUUGUAUGUACAGACAUACAUAAAACGGGUGAAAUAUUAGCAAAUACACUUGAAAUGAGUAGAGACGACGUUUCUGUUGCUCCGUUUAAUUUUUCCUGGGUUGUACCGGGUAUACUUGCUUGCACAGGAUGGCCCCAAACUGAAGAGAAUAUACGAUUCCUAGCAGAUAAAGGCAUCACGCAUCUGGUUACUUUAAGCCGAGAAAGGAGACCCCCACUUGAAGCUAUACCGAAUAGCAUGAAUUGGACAGAAAUUCCAAUAGAAGAAUUCGAAGUGCCCACCUUCGCAGAAGUUGAUCGAUUUAUGGAUAUUUGCCGAAGAGCUCAGGUCGACGGUGGCUUUCAGGUAGUCUGUGUGCAUUGUUAUCACGGUCGAGGUCGAACAGGUGUGAUGGCGGCCUGUUACUUGGUUAAAUUCCAAGAUCUUGCACCUGAACGGGCCAUUACAAACUUGAGAAUAAUGCGCCCCGGUAGCAUUGAAACCUACGCCCAGGAACGCUCUGUCAUAAACUACCACGACGCCUUACGACGCGAGUAGGAAUAUUAGUUUUGCCUUAAAUGGUAAAAGAGCAGCCUGAAAAUGCAUCGGAUUAUUCAAAGAUGUCAAAAUUUUAUGUACAGGUCGACGAAGAAGAGUGUGAAAUAUGAACAA